CACAAACGUGAACUGUCUAAAGCCCAACACUUCAAAACAACUAGCAGCAAGCUGUUAAAAAUGGAAGCUUUCAUAAAGAUUAUUUUAAGUUGUAUAUUUGUUGCUUUCCUGGCCAUCAGAUGGACCAACAAUUUUGAUGCAGAAUCUCUCAGAGGUGCCAAAGUAUUGGUGACUGGGUCCAGUAAAGGCAUCGGCGAACAAAUGGCAUAUCAUUACGCCCGCUUUGGAGCAAAGAUUGUUAUUACAGCAAGAAGCAAGGACACACUACAGAAGGUAGUAGAAAAGUGUCUGAGUUUGGGAGCCCAGGAGGCUUUUUAUAUAGCAGCAGACAUGUCCAAUGAGUCUGACCUUGAUCGAGUGGUAGAUUUUGCCUUGAAGAAGCUGGGAGGUUUGGAUUACCUGGUUCUCAAUCACAUCGGCUCGACCCGUGUCGCCAUGUGGGAUGGAGACGUAGAACAUGCCAAGUGGCUGAUGAAGAUCAAUUUCUUCAGCUAUAUUCAGAUGGCCUGGAAAGCUUUGCCCUCUCUUGAGAAAAAUAAAGGAUCGCUGGUGAUUGUUUCCUCACUUGCAGGUAAAAUGCCCAGUCCCUUAACAGCUCCAUACGUCUCAACAAAAAGUGCCUUGAAUGGGUUCUUUGGGUCUCUUCGUCAUGAGUUGGCUAUGAAGAAGAGCAAUGUGUCCAUCUCUGUGUGCACACUGGGGCUCAUUGAUACCGAAACAGCUAUGAGCAAAGUCAAGGGAAAGGUUAACAUGCCAGCCUACCCCGCCACAGAGGCCGCCCUGAACAUCAUCAUUACAGGAGCUACGAGACAGCCAGAGCUUUUCUACCCCUGGUUCACAUACAUUUGGACUCUCACCAAAGAUUGGAUUCCUUCUUUUACAGACUAUGUGGUCCAGCGUUCCUACAACUACAACCCAUGAAGAACAUUUAUCUGAAGCACAAUUAUACACCUCUUUAAUUAAAAACACAGAAAUUUGGCUUGGAUGUUGGCUUACAGCUUUGCCAUUGAUUUUUUUUAUGUUGAUGUACACACUGGGCAGGAUUAUACCAUGGACAGCUCGUCUGUAGCCGGUAUAUGUCACUUCCAUUCCUCCUAAUCUUAGCCUUCAUAUUUUAAUACACCCAGUUUUAUGGCAUAAUCUUUGACUUUUCCAGUUUCCACUUUUCUCGCCUUGCUUUUGAGAGCUGUCCAGUUAUGAAAUGUCUACGGGGAAAAAAGCUUACGGCUUGAAAUUGUUUCAUUUUCGUCUCCCUCAAAGAGAUUAGCUCCUAUCUGCAUAGCACAGCCACCGCUGUCCAACCGUUACUGCACCACUAAGUGAAAAUUCAGAAAGAAGACACCUGAUUUACUACAAAUAAGACAACUCUCUCUGUCUCUCACACACACUUUCCUUUCAGGAUUUUCAGCCAUGAAUGGUAUAUUAAAGUUUCACA